CUCCUCCCUCCCCAAAUCCCCCACCUCCCUACACAUCACCUUUGUUUCAAUUGUCCUUGCAGGACCACUACACAAUGGUUCACUCAUCUGUUCUCGGUUUCCCCCGCAUGGGUGCGGACCGUGAGCUGAAGAAGGCCAACGAGGCCUACUGGGCUGGCAAGCUCGAGCGUGACGACCUGCUCAAGGAGGGCAAGCGUCUGCGUCUGGAGCACUGGAAGAUCCAGAAGGAUGCUGGUGUCGAGCUCAUCCCCAGCAACGACUUUGCUUUCUACGACCACCUCCUCGACCAUAUCCAGCUCUUCAACGCUAUCCCAGAGCGCUACUCCAAGCACUCGCUGCACACACUCGAUGAGUACUUCGCGAUGGGACGUGGUCACCAGAAGGACGGCGUCGAUGUUCCCAGUUUGGAGAUGGUCAAGUGGUUCGACUCGAACUACCACUACGUCAAGCCCACCUUCCAGGAUGGCCAGACCUUCAAGCUCUCCGAGGACCCCAAGCCCGUCCGCGAGUUCCUCGAGGCCAAGGAGGCUGGCAUCACCACCCGCCCUGUCCUUGUCGGUCCCGUCUCUUUCCUCGCUCUCGGAAAGGCCGACCGUGACCAGUCCGUCGACCCCAUCUCCCUCCUCGAGCAGCUCCUGCCCGUAUACGUUGAGCUCCUCAAGAAGCUGAAGGAUGCCGGUGCCGAGUAUGUCCAGAUCGACGAGCCUGUCCUCGUCUACGAUCUUCCCCAGAAGGUCAAGGAUGCUUUCAAGCCCGCCUACGAGAAGCUCACUGCCAGCGGUCUGCCCAAGAUCGUCCUCGCCACCUACUUCGGUGACGUUGUCCACAACUUCGACGUCUUCCCCGCCCUCCAAAACGUCCUGGCUAUCCACGUUGAUCUCGUGAGGAACCCUGAGCAGCUCGAGAGCGUCAUCAGCAAGCUUGGCCCCAACCAGGUUCUCUCCGCUGGUGUCGUUGACGGCCGCAACAUCUGGAAGACCAACUUCAAGAACGCCAUCGAACUUGUUGAGACUGCCAUCCAGAAGCUCGGCAAGGACCGUGUCAUCGUUGCCACCUCCAGCUCCCUUCUUCACACACCCCACUCCCUCGACAGCGAGAAGAAGCUGCCCGAGGAGGUUAAGGACUGGUUCUCCUUCGCUGUCCAGAAGGUCUCUGAGGUUGUCGUCAUUGCCAAGGCUGUCACCGAUGGCCCCGCCUCUGUCCGUGAGGCUCUCGAGGCCAACUCCAAGUCGAUGCAGGCCCGUGCCUCUUCUGAGCGCACCAACAACAAGGCUGUCAAGGACCGCCAGGCCAGCGUCACUCCUGAGAUGCACGAGCGCAAGUCUGCUUUCCCUGAGCGAUAUGCCCAGCAGAAGACACACCUCAAGCUGCCCCAGUUCCCCACUACCACCAUCGGCUCCUUCCCCCAGACCAAGGAGAUCCGUAUCCAGCGUAACAAGUUCACCAAGGGCGAGAUUACUGCUGAGGAGUACGAGAAGUUCAUCGAGAAGGAGAUCGAUGAGGUCGUUAAGAUCCAAGACGAGCUUGGCCUCGAUGUCUACGUCCACGGCGAGCCUGAGCGUAACGACAUGGUACAGUACUUCGGUGAGCGCCUUGACGGAUACGUCUUCACCACCAGGGGCUGGGUCCAGUCCUACGGUUCCCGCUGCGUCCGACCCCCGAUCAUUGUCGGUGACAUCUCCCGUCCCGCUCCCAUGACCGUCAAGGAGUCGAAGUACGCUGCUUCCGUCGCCAGCAAGCCCAUGAAGGGUAUGCUCACUGGUCCCAUCACCUGCCUGCGAUGGUCUUUCCCCCGUGACGACGUCCACCAGUCCGUCCAGGCUCAGCAGCUUGCUCUCGCUCUCCGCGAUGAGGUUGUUGACCUCGAGGCUGCUGGCAUCUACGUCAUCCAGGUCGAUGAGCCUGCUCUCCGUGAGGGUCUUCCUCUCCGCUCCGGUAGCGAGCGUGAGAAGUACCUGUCAUGGGCUGUUGACUCGUUCAAGCUCUCUUGCGCUGGUGUCCAGGACUCCACUCAGAUCCACUCCCACUUCUGCUACUCCGAGUUCCAGGACUUCUUCCACGCCAUUGCUGCCCUCGAUGCCGAUGUUCUCUCCAUCGAGAACAGCAAGAGCGACGCCAAGCUCCUCAAGGUCUUCGAGGACAAGGCCUACCCCCGUCACAUCGGCCCCGGUGUCUACGACAUCCACUCGCCCCGUGUCCCCUCUGAGCAGGAGAUCAAGGACCGUCUCGCUGAGAUGUUGACCUACCUCAAGCCUGAGCAACUCUGGAUCAACCCCGACUGCGGCUUGAAGACCCGACAGUGGAAGGAGACCAAGGCUGCGCUGACAAACCUUGUCAACGCCGCCAAGUUCUACCGCGAGAAGUACUCUUCUUAGGUUUCUCUGCCAUUUGGCAACCCCGUCGGCCGCGUUUCAUCAACGCGGUUGCUUCGUGUGGCAUAUCAACAUGCCACCGUGUAUUGUGUGUAAUGACGUUUCUAUGAUACCCAAAAGUUCAACCUGCAUUAUGGGUCGUUACGGUCGGUUCAAAGGGGAUUCGGGAUGAGGUGCGUGCAUGAACGAUCUCAACAUCGGCGUUCAUCGAAAAGCAGCUCAUUUGCCGCUGGCUUCUGGCGUUUUUGGUAGGUAUGGUUUGCAAUCGGCAUACAGUCGAUUCAUGAUUGAGUAGUUACUGGCAUCUUAGAGUAGUUAUCAUCGUACUCUAUGGUUUGCAUCAAUGAGAAG